AUGGGGGACUGGAGCUUUCUGGGGCGGCUGCUGGAGAAUGCUCAAGAACACUCCACUGUGAUUGGAAAGGUUUGGCUUACCGUCCUCUUCAUCUUCCGCAUCUUGGUUCUGGGCGCAGCAGCCGAAGAGGUUUGGGGCGACGAGCAGUCGGACUUUACUUGUAACACGCAGCAGCCCGGUUGCGAGAACGUCUGCUACGACGAGGCCUUCCCCAUCUCCCACAUCCGCUUCUGGGUGCUGCAGAUCAUCUUUGUCUCCACGCCCACCCUCAUAUACCUGGGCCAUGUGCUGCACAUAGUCCGCAUGGAGGAGAAGAGGAGGGAGAGAGAGGAGGAGCUCAGAAAGGCCGGGCGGCACCAGGAGGACAACGACCCGCUCUAUCACAAUGGAGUCGGUAACGGAGGAGGAGGUGGUGGGAAGAAGGAGAAGCCGCCUAUUCGUGACGAGCACGGCAAGAUCCGUAUCCGCGGGGCGUUACUGAGGACCUACAUCUUCAACAUCAUCUUCAAGACUCUGUUUGAGGUGGGCUUCAUCCUGGGACAGUACUUCCUCUAUGGCUUCCACCUGAGGCCGCUCUAUAAAUGUGGCCGCUGGCCCUGCCCCAAUACGGUGGACUGCUUCAUCUCCAGGCCCACUGAAAAGACAAUCUUCAUCAUCUUCAUGUUGGUGGUUGCCUGCGUGUCUCUGCUCCUCAACCUGUUGGAGAUAUACCACCUGGGCUGGAAGAAGGUCAAGCAGGGGGUCAGCAGGCGGAGCCUACAGUCCAGCUGAAGCCUCCCCUGCAGUGAUGUCUGUGCCCGCAGCACUAAAGAUGGACGAGUUCCACCCAGACGACUUCCUGUUGGAGGCCCUGCCCACUUCCUUUUACGGCGAGAGGGGGAGUAUGGGGAGGAACACUCUGAGUUUCCUACACUUCCUCGUCACACCCCUCUCUCCCCCCUUGCACCGGAGGAGGUGGUGGAUGAAGAAACUACAUCGCCUCGAAUGGGCCUACAUGACGACUUCACCGUGGUAACCAGGGCGGAGAUGCACCCGCCUCCUGCUUCUCCCGCGCCGAACAUCCGGAAGCCGAGUCGGGCCUUCAGGAGCGGCGGCGUCCGAGCUCGUCCCGACGACUUGGCAGUGUAG